GCAAAAUGUUUUUAAAUCCGAACCUUAUCACCUUAUCCUAAAUCUUUUAUCGAUAAGCCAACUUCCAUUUGUGACCUUGCCACAAUUUAUAUCCUCAUCUGUCAUUACGCCAUAUUCAUCGUUAUUCACUCUUCGCUCUUCAUUGUUCAUUGUUCAUCGUUUAUUGCUCAUUGCUAUACGUUUUGCUUGCUAUAUAUAAGACCCUCCUUAUACAUAUUCUACAUAAUGGUAAAACGAAAAGAUGAGCUGGAAAUUCAACUUAAGGAUGAACAUCAAUUGAUUAAAGAGGGUCAGUUGAAAGACGAUAGUCCUCUCGACACCAGUCCUGAAUUUCAAGAGCUUUGCCUAGCUAGUCGACUAGGGGAUGUCAAGAGAUGUCAGCAAGCAAUUAAUACUCCUGGAAUCAAUAUUAAUGCUAGGGAUUUGUUUGAUUAUACACCAUUGAUCUUGGUACGGCAAAUAGUAUCCCCAUACGUUUUCUCGCUGACAAACUCAAGGCAAGUCUUUGCGGACAUUAUGAUGUUGUUGAGCUACUCCUUGAAGCCGGAGCUCUCUGUGAACGAGAUACAUUUCAAGGAGAGAGAUGUUUAUACAAUGCAUUGAACGAUCGAAUUCGAAACCUUCUGUUAAAGUACGAAUAUUCGAAAUCUAGAGAUCCAUUACAACCAUUCGCUUCUCAUAUCACCUCUCUUCUUUCCAGACAGACACCUGACACUUCGGAUAUUACAAUCACUGCCGGAUCAGAAUCAUGGAAUUUACACAAGAUGAUACUUUCUGCGAGGUCACUAUAUUUCCAAGGAAAGCUUUCUACAGACUCGGAGACAACUUCGUGGAAAUUUCCCUCAUCAAUACCAAUAGAAUCUUUCCAGGCUACUUUUCGUCACUUAUACAUGGGAGAAGUAUCUUCGGAUCUUGGCCUUAAAUACAAUAGUUCUGUGAACGAGGUGGAUGUUUUCAAGGGGAUUGAAAAGCUCGGCAAGCAGUUCCAAAUGGAUAUGGAUUCAUUAUGGGAAGGGCCUUUAAGUGGACGUGAUCAGAGGAGGGCUAGACAGAGGCGUCAGGAUGAAGUUUCAAGAGGAAGGGACCAGAUGGAGUACUGGUAUCGAGAAAAUGUUUUGAAGCAUAAGAUACAUAUCGACAGCGUGAAGGCUAAGGAUGUAAAGUGGACUAAGGAUAAUUCCAUCUUUGCGGACGUCCUGUUGCAGGCAGAUGAAGAUUUAGUAGCGGAGGAAGCUUUGAACUCUAGACCAGAAACGCCAAUACGUAACACAAGUGGUAUACCUGUGGGUCCCUCAAGCUCAUUAUCAUGCGCCACAUCAACUAGCCAACCUCGAAAAUCAAUGCUCUACCCAGCCCACCGAGCCAUGCUUAUUCGGUCAGAAUACUUCCAGACCAUGUUUAGUUCCGCCUUCUUAGAAGCUCAACCUAGUGAAUAUUUGCAUGUCAUAUCGGUGGAUUGCUCCCCUGCUGUCCUAGAGCUUCUUCUCGACUACUUCUAUACCGACAACGUUGAUAUCCCACUUGAUCUUGCGCUGGAUGUUCUUUUCACAGCUGAUACGUUUUUUAUCGAGAGACUCAAAACCAAAGCUGCGGUAGUAAUCAGUACUCUUGGGAUGGGUACGGGUACGCUAGCAGAUCCUACACAUAAGACUCCUGAAUCAAAUGUGGAGCUCAUCAACCCUUUUGAUGUUAUGAGAGCUGCAUGGUUGACGAGAGUUCAAAAACUAGAAGAAACUUGUGCUAAAUACUUGGCAUAUAAUUUGGAAUAUUACAUUGACGACCCGGAAUUUGAGGAGGUGAUUAAAGAGAGUGCAGCUAGAAUUGAAAAGAGACAGGAGACUGACACUAUUGAGUUACUUGACGAGUAUGCUUUCCCAUCACUUCUUUACCCACAUUAGCAAAUAUAAAAACUGACAUGCAUCUAGUAUUCGCUUCUAUCUCUCCGAAAGAUUCCGACUUCGAUUUGAAGACUCAGGCCUAGAAGAAAUGAUGGGUGAAGACGUGGAUGAGAACGGGCAUGAAGCUCCUGCUCUUGAAUCAACGAUGAAUGGACAGAUCAGAACUCUCAAUGGCGAGAUUGCCGGUGAUGAGUUCGCCGCAGAUGCGAUGAACUACCAGACAUUACUUGGAAAGAUAGAUACCUUGUUAGAACGAUUGAACUUGGAUGCUUAGGCUACGUUAGAUUUUAAGUAUCAUAUCAUUAUUUGUAUGGAUGAUAGAAAAACAUAUACAUAUAUCUAUCUAUUCUCGUCCCAUACCUACUCAAUAUUUA